AAGACGGCGCUAGGGAGCUGAAGAGAAAAAAAUAAAUUCCCAUUAUUUAUUAAAAUUCGUGCGAGCUCGAUCGGUUUUUAUUGAUAAAGUGAUUCUCCUCCGGGAAGAGUGCACAACAUAACAAGGGGAUUAUGGACGAGUUCGCGCUGUGCUGGAAUAACUUCCAAGACAACAUCGCCACGGGCUUCCAGAAUCUUUUCGACCGUGGCGACUUGGUUGACGUCUCACUGGCCUGCGAUGGGAAAAUCUUGCGUGCCCACAAGAUUGUUCUUGCCAUCUGUAGCCCAUACUUCCAGGAGAUGUUCAUUACGAAUCCCUGCAAGCAUCCAAUCAUCAUCCUCAAGGAUGUGACCUACACCGUAAUGUCGGAACUGCUGCAGUUUAUGUAUCAGGGUGAGGUGAAUGUGAAGCAUACGGAAUUGUCGUCAUUCAUGAAGAUCGCCGAGACGCUACAGAUUAAGGGAUUAACGACGACACAGCGCACAUCGUCGUCGGGGGAGCAGAGGCACAAUUCGGUGUCGCCAAAGUGCAAUGCGAGCGAUCAGAAUGCCGUGAGUGGCAGCAAUAAUAAUGUGAUAGAGACAAAGAUCAAUACGUCGGGGUAUGGGAAGGAGGUGGGGGGUGGGGUUGUGGCUGCUGGGGUGGGUGGACAGAAGAGGCCGAUGGACUUUGCCGCAGCUGGGGGGGAUGGUUUCUCAAUUUAUCCACGAAAGCAAAUGCGUCAGAGGAUGUCAGAGGGUGGUGGGGCACAGUGUGGGGCUGAUGAGGGGGAGUUGCAUUCGGCCGAUUCAAUGGAUCACAUGACGGGGGAUGAGGUCUUCUUACCGCCAAUUCCGCAAAUUUCAAUGGGUGAACCACGCUUUGACCUGAACAAUGUGAAACGCGAGAAUGUGGACAGUGCGACGGGUGGGAGGAAUAUCGGGGGGCCGUCUAGUUUUAAUUUAGAAUACAACAGUAGUGUGUAUCUGAAUAAGAACGUUGAGUACCCCAAUGAACUUCACAUGGCCAAUGAUUUCUCCAAAUCAACCAUCCACAUGGACAUUCCUGCGGGUAGCAACGUAACGAUGCUGUCGACGACAUCCCUCCUCCAUGGGAAUUGUAUUUUCAAUCGCAACAACACCGUGGCCACACAGCAGGGCAUGAAGACGUAUUGGCUGUGCAAAUCCUAUCGGAUAACAAUGUGUCGGGCACGGUGUAUCACGCAUCAGGGGAGGGUGAUCUCGGCCACGGGGGUGCACAAUCAUCAGCCGCAUAUGAAGAGUUCCGGCGAUGGGGGGAUGAUGAAUGCCCUAUCGCCGGGAACGGCAAUGAGGGUGCCGCAGGGUGUUGCAGGGCAGGGAAUCCCAAAUCCACCACCGACGAAUGCCCUUCCGGUCACAUCUCAGGCCUCACAGAGCCUCCAAAUGGCAAAUUUGUCGCCGCAGCAGACGCUGAAUGCCCAACAGAUGCAUCAGCAGCAUCAGAAUCAUCAUCAUCAGUCGUCGGGGCAUCAUCAUGGGCCCCAUGUUAAUGUUAUGCACAACGUUCUGAGUCACAACAACCUCAUGCAAUUGUCCAAUAUGAAUCCCAUUGGGAAUCCCAAUCAGCAUCAUGGAAAUAUGCAUCAGAAUGCCAAUCUUCAUGCCCCAACGCAGCCGGCUUCGGUGCACAACCCAACGGGGCAUCAUCUUCCCAGUCCAACGUCUCAGAGGACCUCUGUUGUGCAUCAGCAGCAGCAGCAGCAGCAGACGGCCCAGGAGGGUCAAAGUUUGCAACAUCACUCAACCCCGCCGCAGAGUCAGUCAAUAGCAGUCACACCAACGUCUGUAGCUGCUUCCCCUGGAGUCCCUCCAAGUCAGCAACAACCAACGCCACCCAGUGAUGAUGGCAACUGUCAACAGCAACAACAGCAGCAGCAGCAGCAUGAAAUCCCAGUAUCUUCAGCAUCUGCAUCAGCUCUAAUGUCACCCACGGGAGGGGCAACAUUUAAAAUGGAGCACAGCAUGUAGGAUCAGGUGAAAGAGGAGCACGAAGCUCCCUCAGCUGAAGAUCAAUGUACUUAAUCAAAUUAAAUUUUUAAUGCCGGAUCCGGGGAAAUAUUUCCAAAACUGCGCGGUUUCAUUCGCAUUUUUUUUCAUUACAUUUGGGCAUUUUUUCAUGCAUUUUGGGGAUGAUUUUCUCUUAUUUCUCAAAGAUAAACUAACUUUAUCUUUAUAGUUUUUUUGUGCAUGUUUUUUAUUUUAUUUUAUAAACGACGUUUCCUUGGGAAUUGAAAGGAUUCCAAAAAAAAAGAAAAAUAAUAAAAUGGAAAGAAUUUAUUUUAUUUUCUCAAUUUAAAAUUGUUUUUGAAAAGAAAAAAAAAAUUCUUGAUAAGAAACAAAUAUUCUUGAAUAGAAAAUCUUGAAAAGAAUAUUUUUAAAUGUUUCCUCGGAAUUUUGAAAAAAAAAAAAAAAUUAAUAAACGUUUAUUGAAUCAGAAUCAGAAUCCAGAAAUAGGCUGGAAUUCACUACUUAGUCGGGCUUGAAAGUCAGUUUUUUUUUAAGUCGGUCUUGAAUUUUUUAAGUCAGAUUAACAUUUUACAAAUUUUUAUGUUUAGAGAUUCUCAGACGCACCUUUUGGAACUUAAAAAAUUGAAAAUUAAUCAGCAAGUACACUUUUCAAUUUUUUUUUAAGUUCCAAUAAGUGCGUCUGACAAUCUCCAAUCAUCAAAAUUUGUAAAAUUUUUUUUGAAAAAUAUACAAUUUGUUAAUCUGACUUGAAAAUUUAAAGACCGACUUAUAAAACCGAGUUAAAUUUUCAAGUCCGACUGAGUAGUGAAUUCCACCCUAUAAUUAAGGAACAUUGACUGUUAUUCAGCGACAAAGAAACCAUUAAAAUCUUUAAAUUUCGUACUGAAAUUUAAGUAUUUUAAGAGAAUUUCAAAGUUUUCUUGGUCUCUGAAUAAGCCCAAUUCUCAUUAAAUUAAAAAAAAAAUUAAGUCUAAUCAAUUUCCGAAAGGAUUAAUAAAAAAUAAAUAAACAGGAAUCCCAUAAAAUAAGUUUCGUGAAUCUUUGGAAUCAUGAGAAAUAUUGCGAAACUUUCAAUGAUUCAAGAAAAAAUCGGAAAUAUAUUUUUUUUAAUAGAAAUAAUUCUGUGAAUAACUGGAACAAGAUGAAUCUUAUGCGAAUUAACAAAAAGAAUUUUUUUUGGAAUCUUCAAAAGACAAGAGAAAAUUAAAGAAUCAUCUAAAUUCUGGAAUCUAUUUAAUUGAAUAUUAUUUUCUCGCAAUUUUCAUGGAAUAUUGGGUUUUUUUUAUGGAAGUCUGGGAUGAAAGACCAAUUAAAUAAUAAAUUUUUGUUUCUUUCAUAUACUAUUUCGUGAUUCUAAAAACUUAAAAAAGAUUCUUGAAUCACAUGAAUUUUAAUAUUGUUGAAAUUAUCUAAAUCAGAUAUUAAAUUUUUUUUAGAGAAUUAUUAAUAAAAUGUCAUUUGAUUCAUGAAUCAGAAAUUGAUAAGAAAUAGAAUCACUGAGGGUCGAAAGUGAGAAAAUUUCAAAGCAUAAAUCUAAAGUAAUCGUUUGUGGAAAAAUCAAAGAUUCACGAAACGAAGCAAAAAUUAUUCGUUGCAAAUUAAAUAUAGGAAACAGCCAAAAUUCUCGAAAAACGUAAUUUUUUAUCAAACACGAGAAUCAAGGAAAAUAAAUUCAGAAAUUAAUAAAAAUUCUUUCAAAGAAAACAAGAAACAGGUAAAUUGUUUCGCAAAACAAAUGAUAAACACAAGAAACAGCAAAAAAAUGAUUCGAGAAUCAUUUAUCGAAUUACGAACUAACUUAUCCAUCCGGUUGGUUUUAUUUGGAUUAUUUGCUUUUAUCGUGACGACGGCAUUUUUAUUGCAUUUAAUAAAAAAAUCAAAACUUAAUUUACAUUGAGAAUUAACGACAGAAAAAUGCCUCAAAAGAAUGUACACCGCAAGCAGGAAAUGUUUCCCCCUUGAUCCAGUUAAAGAAGAAAAUAUUUCACGAAAAAAAAGUUCCAAGCUCUUUAAAAUAUAAUUUUUUAGUGAAUAAAUUUUAGUGUUUUUUGGAGAAGAUGGAAAAAGUAGAUGGAAUCAUCAUUUUAAGGAAGAUUAAAAAUGCUAUAAUAUUCACAUCAAGCAUCAUUAGUACAUGUAUUUGUCUAUUUUAUGUAUAUGAAAAAAAUCUGCGUGAAGCAUUUGGAAAAAAAAAGUGUUUUAAGGGGCUUCUAAAUAAUUGAAUUUUGGGUGAAUAUUUAAAAAAAUUUUAAAUAUAUCAAAUUGUGUGUCAUAAUGUUGGGAAAACAUUUUUAAAUUAAUUAUUAAUUAAAAAAUAAUUAAAGAAUGAACGGAGAGCUGCUAAAACUGUAGAUUUUAUUGAAAGAAAAAUCAUACUGAAUAGUAAAACAUUUUUAUUCAUUUUUUUUCUUAUCUGUGUGAUAUAUGUAUUUAAGAAGUGAAGAAGAUUCAUUGAUAAAAAAAAUUUGCAUUGUGGGUGUGUAAGCGAAUGAUGGGUGAGACAAGGAUUUCAUUUUGAGGGAAAGAGCGAGCAAAUUUUAAUGCUAAAUGUAAUUUUUUUUUCAAAGUUCUGUUUCUCUUUUAGAUAGAAUUUUAUAAAUUUUAAUUUUCAAAAGAGAAAGAGCCAACAUGGGAGAGAAAUAUAAAUUAACUUAAUUAAUUAAA